UGUCUGCCAUUAAAACCUGCCUCCCCACUUUGGCCUGCAUCAGACGUAGGUCCUAUUUUAAGCCCGCCAUGGUGUAACUGUUGACACUGGCUGACUUAGACAUUAGCGGCCAUUGAAGGUUACAGGGAGCUAACUCAUGUGCUAACUUCAAUUGAUCGGGAUUAACCAACGACAUGACCGCUCUUAAUCCUUAGUUUCAUGUUUAGGUUAAAAGUUGGCAACAUUUAAACAUUGAAAGUGUUGUUUCCAGAUCAAGAUGGUUGCCCAUAAUUAGCUUCGCCUAGUGAGUAGCGGAUCACAGCGGUGCUGUCUACCUACUGAACUAAAAUGUUUGAGUCACGGAACAAAAAAGAGCCCAAACUUGUGUUUGUUCACAAGUCGCCUGGUUCAACGGCCGACCCUCGACCAGGGGACAAAAUAAAACCAGGUACCACUCGACCACCGGAAGUGUCGCAGAACAGACCUCCCCAGGAACCGUUGAACCAAAACCAGACUGUAAGCUUCCAGAAGAUUCCCACACCCCCACACAGCACACUGGUUGCUGUAGAAAAACAAACCUCCACAAGUACAACAGACUCCAGGGGCCAAACCUCGUCUCAAAAACUUGUAACGGUUCAGGAACAAAUCCAGGCCAAACCUCUCCCACAACAGCAGAAGCCAGAAUUUCCCACGGCGUCGGAUAACAAACUGGCCACAGACCCACACGUGUCCCGCACACACGCACCCACGUCUGUGGUGGUCGUGACCUCCACACCAAAUCAAAAGUCCAGCCCCGUCUUAACGAACAAUGUCAACAGCGUUAGCGAGAGGCUGGAGGGGUUUAGUAUAUACAGGGGUCGUGAUGUGCCAGCCGGUGAGGUCAAAAUAGUGACAGACACCCCUGUCAAGCCAGGGUCGGUACCCGGCCAGGAAUCCAGGCUGGUACCCGUUACGUCAUCCACACCGACAGCUAUGAGGAAUGGAUAUGUGGAUAAAGUGGAUGCGAAUAGUGGUGUUGUCAGAGUGUUCAACACUGAAACUUCCAACGUGUUUACCCAGGCUAAACAGCCGCAACUGCUGCCCAUACAGCAGAAACAGCCGCAGCAGAUGUCUAUACAACAGAAACAGCCCGCGAAUCAGACAGCAACAGUAGAGCAGUAUGUUCAGGUGCGGGAGGCCAGAUACCACUCCCCACCCCCUCACAGGGUUCAAAGCUACCCCCAGGUCACGCGUCCGGUCACCGUGACCCGCAGCUCGCGACCCAACGGAACCUAUCUGGGCGAGGUUCAAACCCUGUCCUACAGCACGCAGCGGCCAGCCACCGUCCGACAGAGACCCUUCUCGCAGUCCGGCAUGUCAUCGUCCCACCACUUCCCCGUGGCAUACAGCUACUACCCCCCUGGGGAGGAGACGGCUGCCAACACCAGCCCACGGAGCAGCAUCUCUGGCUUCUCAUACAAGCUGCAGCCAGAGCUGCCCUCGCCCUCGUCUGACGGAAAACGUCCGAAAUCCAUCCUUAAAAACGCCAGCUUGGAUCAGCAGCCUGACUGGCACCAGAAUGCUAGACUGAUCCAAAUACCGCGGGCUCAGAGCGUCAAAAGCCCCGCCAAAACGCGCGAGUAUGACUUUAGUUCUAUUUUAAGCAGCAGGAAGGACGCGCAGGCGCCUGGCCUGGCCAAUCAGAGCACGGUGCAGGUCACGGCACAGACGUCACGACCGGUCACUUCCGGUUCCCAGAUGACACCCCAGCAGAAGAAGUCGGUGACCUUUAACUCGCAGGUCAAGCUACACACGGAGGACAGGACGUCGACGGUCAAGUUUCUCUCUGUGGAUGCUUGAGUGACCGUUGGGUCUGUUCAAGCUUGUGUGACCUUGACGUCUGCUGCCCUUGACAUCAGGUGUCUGUUGAUGUUCGUGGCCACUACAUCAGGUAGACAGGGAGCCAGCACUACAACAGCGUAAUGAAGAUCUGACAUACACCAACAAUUUAAUGUAGGCCAGAGACGGGGAUAGAUUUCGGUUAUGGAUGUCUGAAGAGAAUGUGUACAUAAAUAAAUUAA